AUGAUGCUGGCCCGCCCUGUGCUGGGCCCUGUGCUGGGACCUGUGCUGGGACCCAUGCUGGGUCCUGUGCUGGACCGUCGCAAGCUGAGAUUCAAGCGCCGCAGAUGCUUGCGCAUCCACCGGUCCUUAUAUCUAAGCGGCUAUGUGAACCACCUCCUGAUCUUCCUGGGGAUCUCGGUGGCCGCGGCGGGCCCGGUGCUUGGGGCCCAGACGAAGUGUUCACAGGUGGAGCGAUUGGGGGAGACAUUACGGUUGCGGUUGCAGCAGAGGGAGUCGGUACCAGGAAGCCGUGUUGAUGGAGAGCAGGGCCUUCACAGCCCGAUCCAGUUUUGGUUUUUCUUUGAUGGCUCGUUCGGGGGCAUUCAGGGCUACCACCUCGCCCUUGUGGGCUGCGAGGGUGGCUCGCUGUUCCUCGGCCCCUUUUGCGUGCUCCUCGGUUUUGGCAUUGGCUACCCCCACGUCCUGGAAGGUGGUGGCGGUGGCCUUGCGCAGGAGGGCGAUUUUGAGUAUGAGGCGCUUGUGUUCCUCGGUGGUGGCCUGCUUGUCGGCAGCUUCGACCUCGAGGACUUUGGCUACAUUGGCCGCCCUUUCGGCGACCCUCCUGAUCCGGGAGGAGACUCUGGGGGCGAACAACGGUGGUGGUGCAUGAGACCGGCUUGGCCUCUUGGACUUCGUGGGGUGCGGGUCGGUGAGGCUUCUCACCCAGGCCCUGGAGGUGGAGCCGCAGCCACGAGCAACAGGCGGCAUGAGCGCAAGGUGCAGCAGGCCCUCGUCGCGAUCAUCGAGAUGUUGGUCGCCAUGAUUGGGGGCAUUGCCGGGGCGGAUCACCCGGCAAGGGCACAGAUGGCGGGCAUACGGACCCUUUUGGAGGUCCUUCGCGAGGAGCCGGAGGAGGACCACAUUGAGGAGGAGUACCAGCCGCCGCCGUGGAGGCAUGUUACCUUCGACAACGAGCCGGCGGUCCAGACUUUUGAGGCUCCCGGACCUUUGCGACCGUUGCCCACUAAGCCAGGCGGCGGCAAGGGCGGCAAGGCGGACAAGGGCAAUGCCAAGGGCAAGCAGGUGGGCGUCAAGGGUGGCAGCGACUCCCGGGGCGAUGGACAGGGCAAAGGUGCUGCGAAGGGUGGAGGCGACAGAAAGAAGGCGCCGAGCAAGCACGACGGCAAGGGCAAGCGGCCGGAUGGCAAGGGCGGGAGUGGACAGCGCGCUCCAGGCAAGUUCCGGCAGCAGGACUGGCAGGGAACUGUCAUUGACUACGACAAGGCCUGUGCGCAGCUCAAUAGCCUGAGUGGAUCGGUGGUCGUUCCAGUGGCGGACGCUGAGCAGGCCGAUGCUUUGUCGCAGAUGGGUGCCGGGUCGAAGUGCACGGCCAGGCUUCUUUGGCCGGACAAUGACGGUGGGGUUACAGCUCCUGUGGUCACUGCGGAGGGCGUCUUGGUCCAGACCUUUGCGCAUCGCGACUAUGUCACCGCAGGCACCGCGAUCGUCUUCGCCAAGGACCUCAUUUCCAAAGAGGCGUGGAGCGCGGUCGGGCGUGCACCCAGGGCCGCGGUGCAGAAGUGGGGCAGGGAGGCCUGGUUCCGACUCUUUUGUGAAGGAUGCCUGGGCUUCGCGAAGGAGGCCCGAGCUGGACUUGAGGCAGUGGUUGGGCUCAUCCGAGUCCCGGCCGUGUGGGUGGAGGAGGCCUUGAAGGCUUCGGAGGGCGACGGCGUCUUCAUCGAGCCAGCGGGCAGGGACAACUUGGUCAAAUGUGGCAUCGAGUGGCUGGAGACCAAGGAGGGCGAGACUGUUGGCCAGGCGGUUGCGAGGGCUAAGGCGGCCAAGCCGAAAUUUGGCAUUUUCCUGGGCAAGAGGUUCUUUUCGCUCAAGAACACCCCUGCAACCUGGUCCGACGACCUCGUGAAGGAGCUCAUUGCGGACCAGACCCAGUUGCAGCAGGUGUCUGUGCAUCGCAGGUUGACUCGGAAUGGCAAGACCACUUGGUUCCUCAAGGCACGGUCUCCUGUGGAGGACGGCUGCCACAUGCUCCAGGUCGCGGAUGGCGAGGCUACCCACACCUACUGGUUGUUGCCGGUGCGGGGUGAGCAGGUGUGGGCGUCAAAGCCCAUUCGGGAGAAGGGCGCUUUCGUCUUUGACCGCGCGGUCGACGUGAAGGCCGACAAUGGCGCGGACAAGCCUGCGGUGGGAACCUCCGCUGGCGAUGGGGAGGAGCCGCCGACUAAAAAGCCGGCAGUCAAUCGCAAGCACCGUGCGGUGCCGGACGGCACGACGAUUGACAAGGUGGAUGGCGACGGCAACUGCUUCUACACCGUCGUGGGCUGUGCCCUGGGGCGGCUUCGCGGCUCACCAGCUUUGCCGCCGGCCAGAGUUAGGGCCGAGGUGUGCGCACACAUGCGCAAACACAGUGCGGUCUACGCUGCCAUGUGGGACGGCAAAGAUUCCUUCGACCAGCCUUUGGGCGACUUCGAGGCCUACGUGAAACACAUGGAGUCCACCGGCGUUUGGGCGGGCAGCCUGGAGGCGUACGCGGCGGCCAAGACCUACAAGAUCGCGGUCUAUGUCAUUCCGGCGCCUUUGGACAUCACGGCGGCGGCCUAUAACGACGGGGCCAAGGACAAGAUCGCGCUUUGGUUCACGGACAAGCCGGGGCACUUCGACUGGCUCAGGCCUGUGGAGGGCAAUGAGCUGCCAGAGGCGGUCCAGGCUUUGGCGGUGGUGCAGGACGAGAGGCAGUUGGUGGAAGCCCGCUCGGAGGCCACCGUCUUUUCUUCCAUGGUCGUCGACAACGUGGGCAAGACUUCGGCGGGCACUUUGGCGGCACCGGAUGUGAAGGACCUUGGCGGCGGGCGCCUGACGUCUGGCAAGGGGGGCAUUGCGGCCUCUUUGGGGAGCGCCCGGGCCGAGCACGGCGGCAUCGUGGAGGACGAUGAUGCGGACAAGCUCACCGGCAUCGACCAGGCCUUUACAGGACGACGGUCGGCCGCCUCGGCUUCCAUCGCCGACCUCUCGGAGACCCUGAUCACUGCGGAGGACCCCGUGGAUGACCCACCACAGCCGGCCGAGGUCAGGAAGGGGCGCGGGCUGAAGUUGCGGGCCAAGCACGCUUCUUGGCGCUGCCCUGAGUGUGGCUGGGACACUGGACGCUCGCGACUCUGCCCACAGAAAAAGGCGGCGCACAUUGCAAAUUUUCACCCGGACAUCAAGCAGGAGCUCAACCUGAGACAUGGGGUCAUUCAGAUGGUCCCGUACUCUGCCGAGACCUGCUGUUGGAGGUGCCCGGUCCCGGGUUGCAAUCUGGGGCUUCCGCUUGCGGAGUCCAACACAGACGCCAGGCUGCGCGCGAGGCGCGCGCAUGCAGCGCAGGACCACCCGGACCAGCCGACCAAGCUCUUCUUGCUCAAGACUGGCUCGGCUAGUGGGGCGCGCAAGGCAACGGUGGCAAAGCUUAGCGCUGGGGCGGCAAGGCGCAUCCAGCAGUUCAAGGCGGGCGAGGCCGGGGAUCACGAUGUCAUCUGUGUCAGCAAGCAAGGCAAGCGACGGCGCGCCAACACCAAGAUCGUUUGCAGGAAGCGCAAGCGCGUCGCCCAGACUCCCAAGGAGAUGGCGGAGCACCCACGCAGGCUUGUGGUUGGCGGCAGGCGCAACAGCUUGCAGCAAGACGUUCGUGACGGAAUCAAGCGAGUGCUCGAAAUCUUUGAGGCGGAGGACGACCAGCCCCUGCAGGAGCACAAGCUCAGAGCGCUCGCAUGGCCGGUGAGCCCCAAGGACUUCACCGUCAAGUUCGUUUGCUCGGCCUGCGGUGGCAUAUGGACCAAGCUGGGUGAAGCUGAGGGCAAGACCUGCGACCCGCCUGCGACCAGAGUGAGAUACCGUGAGGCGGCCAACUUGCGGCAGUUGGCUGGGCAUCCUGGAGUGGUGGGGGCGACGGCCACCACCGCCCUGGGCUAUUUGCACGAGAAGGGCAGCGUCAAGGACGAUGAGAGGCCUUCAAGGCCAAGGGCUGGCGCUUCAUCCUUUCAGCUGGACGCUCAGGGCAAGCCUGACGGUGGGGUGGCUAUUGUGACGGACUGGCCGGUGGAGCUCGUGACCAUUCUGCUGGCAGAGACCUUCCCGCACCGCAUCAUGGCCGUCAAGGCCCACAGGCCGCGACAACGCCACUUGUUGGUCAUCAACGGCUACCUCCCUGCCAACGACGACCCGCUGAACCAGCGCUUGUGCAGUUCUCUGGUGGAGUGGGCGACGAGUACAGGCGAGGACUGCAUCAUCAUGGCUGAUUGGAACCGAGAGCCCAAGCAGCAGCCUCUUGGCAACCUCCUGGCCUCCGGCACCAUCUACGCCCUUGACCCUGACCCUUUCUUCAACGACCUGGGCACCCAUCGUAUGGAGAACGGCGUGUACACGGGCAAGACCAUUGACUAUGGUAUCUCUUCGGUGGGCAUUGGCUCGGCCUCCCGGCUCCAGCGGCUGGGACCUGCCGACCACGACCUCGUGGCCUACGACAUCCCGCUCAAAGGCACUCGGCGCGGCUGGCGCUGGCAACCUCGACGCUUGCUUGAUGGCGAGGCUAUCUUUGACUGGAACAAGUUGUGGGCCGACGUCGCGGACGAGUUUACGGUGCUCCUCGACGCGGGCAACACCGAGGCAGCUUGGAAGCUUCUCUCCGCCACGGCUGAGGAUGCGCUGGCCCAGGACAGCCGGCGUGCGCGGCCCCGGGGUGAACCAGGGCGGCCCUUGCUUGUCAAACCACCCACGGUGCAGACACUGAAGGAGCGGAAGCUUCGCCGGGCAGCCCGCCGCCUCAUGGAGGUGCUCAGGAAAGAACGCGCUGGCAUACUGACCGUCGACGAGAAGGGCAAGCUCUUGCGCUGCCUUCACCACAUCGUGGCGGCCUACCCAGACCUCACCGACCUCCUCCACUACCACGACGACGAGCUGCUGGCUUUCUUGCAACACGCCGCCGAGGGAGGAGCCUCGCUGGCGGAGCCUCCCACCGCUAUGGCCAACUUUGCUGUGGACCCGGACCCUCAAGCCAAGGCGGAGCAGGCAACCAAGGUGUGGGGCAACCUGGCCAAGGCGUCGGCGCGCAAGGCGGCCGGUUGUGACGACUGGUCUGGUCGACUUUGGCGUGCACUUCCUCUCGAGUUCUUUGUUGCCCUUGCCGAUAUAUGGAACUCGGUGCUGGAGGGGGCCCCCAUUCCGGAGGCCUGGACUCAGGUGCGCAUCUGCCUCAUUCCAAAGGAGGAGGGAGGCCAACGACCGCUCGCCAUUGCUGCCCUGGCAUGGAGGCUUGGUGCUACUGCAGUGGUUCAACAGUUGAAUGGCUGGAUCAAGACCGGCUGGAUCAAGACCGGUUUCCCGCACGAGCUCUACGGUGGCCUUCCCGAACGUGGCAUUGAGGACAUCCACUUCAAGCUCACGCACGCUCUUUUCGUUCAACAGGCCGGCGGACCUUUGGCUGGUUGCACGGCAGACGUCAGGAAGUGCUUCGACACCGCCGACCCCAAGCUUGCUGUGCUCUGUCUGCGGGCACUCGGCGCCCCGGAGAAUAUGCUGGACGUCAUCGGCCGCUUCUACGAGGCGCACACCCGCUGGCUCUCGGUCGAUGGCAUGUUUGCAAGGAACCCUGUGGUUGGGGCAGCGGCCUUACUGCAGGGCUGUCCUUUCAGCCCCCUUUGCUUGAACGCCAUGAUGGCCGUAUGGCUGGUUCGGGUCAAGGAUGCUGACACGCACUGCAACUUGGCCGUCUACCUCGAUGAUCGUACCAUCUGGACCCGGCAGAGGCGCGGCGCGGCGAGGGCUGUUCAUGCAGCCAUGCAGGCGGGAGCCUCUGCUGACGAAGCUCUGGGCUUCAGCCUUCACCCUGACAAACUUGAGAGCUUCGGGACCACGCAGUGCGUCAGGGAGGAGCUCAUGGCUGUGGCUGAGGUUGUCGGCAUCCCGCAGGUCACCUUCAAGCUGCUGGGCGUCCCCUACAACGUCACCAGGGCGCAGCCUGUGGCCACCUCUGGCAUUACUACCAAGCUUGAGGGACGCUGCAAACGCAUCCAACUGUGUGGACAGUCCUACUCCAUCAGGAGGGCACUUCUGGCGAGGCUCGUCAUCCCGCUGUUCCGCUGGUGUGCACCGUGGAUCCGUCAACUCAAGAGGCUCACGGCCAGGUGGGCGGGCGCCAUAGAGAGGGCUGUUUGGGGGGGCGCCAUACCCCGCGGACGCUCUCGUGCUUUGGCCUGGACAACUUUGGUGGGACUUCAGUUCUUCCCGGACUACGUCAACGCGGAGGCCACUGUUUUGCAGGAGCACCGCCGGCUUCUACUUGGUCGUCACCCUCGUGAAGCGCCGAACACUCGGUCGGCUUUCUCCUACUUUGGCUGGCAGCGUGAUGGCGACCUCUGGACUUGCAGGCAGGGCACGUUCGUGGCGGGCACACUCAGCGCGGCUGCCCUUCGCAGGCUCCUUCGCCGAGAUGGUGCGCUCAAGCUCUUCAAGGCGGACCCGAAGGCCAAGCAGGAGGGCGGCGUCACCCACGACUUCGACCUCGCGCACCACAAGGCGCUAGCGGCUGUGGUGGAGGGUUACUUUGCGCGAGUCAUGGUGGGAGGUGCAUCGGACGCCAGGCACAUCGUGGAGGCUCCUGAGGACUGCACCUUGCGGCUCUGUACUUGUGGGCACCCUGGCCCCACGCGGACGCACCUUACCUUUGAGUGUCCGUCCGCUCCGUGGCAGCUGGAGAUGCGCACCGCGCUUGAGAGAAGGCUGUUGCUCCCUCAGUGCCCUGCUCUCCCUUGCUGGGGGGUCGCUGACUACAGCUCUGGCAUCGAGGAGGUGGCUCGCUUCCUUGCCACUUUGGACCAAGCGUCCUGGGCUGUGGCAUUUGAGAACGCUACUUUUGGUGGGCUCGUGACUGGCCCGGAGCAGACUGCUGCUGAGGGCGAGCGCACUGCUGUUUUCGUCUUGGCGAGUGCACUGCUGCUUUGUGGCAGGCGCCUUCGGAUCCUGAUUGCCAACCAGGCUGUGGCCGGCAGGCUGCGUGGCGGCGCGGCCGCAUGUGACAAGGGCGAUCCAUUCUUGAUUUGGCAGGUCAUCGCUGAGGCUGCUGAAUGGAUGAGCGCUUGCUGGAUUCCUUCCCAUGGCAAGCGUUGCUCCUGUGAAGGCUGGGGCUCCAGCGAGCUUUGCAGGGGCCUCAAUGCGGCUGCUGAUGCCAGGGCCACGCAGUUGCUGGCGCCUUUCAAGGAGGGAGUUGCUGCCGCCGCGCUUGCUGCGGAACAAAGGCGCCGUUGGGCGCAAGUGGCGGUGGUCAGGCAGGCUGAGCUCACUGAGGGCUUCCACACCGAGUUCGUCAGCUUUGUGGCGGCUUUGAGGGCGAAGAGGCGGUCGGGCAAGCAUGGCAGCGCUACCUGCUGA